UCUUUCAUCACCAAACCUUCCUCUCCCUCAUCUCUCUCUCUCUCUCAACAGACACAAAAUCAUUAGCUCAGAUUUUUUUCUUAAGAGAUCAAAAAUGGGUAAUUGUUUACGUCGAGAAUCGUCGUCGUCAUCGUCGACGACUUGGGCCGGAGAGGAUUGGGGAUCCCCGGAGGAAUUCGGGUUAGAGGAAGACAUGAAAGUAGAAGAGAAGGUGCUUUUAGACAGCUCCACGUCGUCGUCAUCAUCAUCAACAAGAACAAGAAGUAAUAGAGAAGUGAAGAUAAAGAUUACAAAGAAGCAAUUAGAGGAGUUAUUGGGUAAGGUUGAUAUUAAGGAGUUAUCAGUGCAACAAGUUUUGGCACAAUUGAUGAGCGUCAGCGAUGGGUAUGAUGCUCAUCAACGGUCAUGGAGGCCGGCCCUACAGAGCAUUCCGGAGAUUAACUGAGGGCUACGAUCCAGUUGAUGAUGGCCGAUCUCUUGUAUAUUUAUUUCUGGGGCUUUGUUUUUGUUUUGGUAGAAAAAUGGGAUUUCCAGGGUGGUCCCACAAGUUUUGCCCAAUAUUGUGUUGUGUACAUAUACACACAGAAGAAUAAUUAAUCAUAUAUAGUUUGAUUCCAAUUUGGGUUAA